UACCCUCCUCCCACCUGCGGUUUGCGUAGGGCCUUGGGCGCACUAGCAAAACAAACUUAUUUUGAACACUCAGCUCCUAGCGUGCCGCGCUGCCAAUCAUUAACCUCCUGGUGCUAGUGGCGCGGCCUGUGCCCUUUAUAAGGCGCGCGCUGUGUCCAGCGAGCAUCGGCCACCGCCAUCCCAUCCAGCAAGCAUCUGCCGCCGCGCCGCCGCCACCCUCCCAGAGAGCACUGGCCACCGCUCCACUGUCGCUUGUCCAGAGUAUGGGCCACCGCCCGCCGCCACCAGCCCAGAGAGCCUCGGCUCCUGUCUGCUGCCCGCGCCUGGAGAUGUCAGAGGUCCCCGUUGCUCGCGUCUGGCUGGUACUGCUCCUGCUGACUGUCCAGGUCGGCGUGACAGCCAGCGCUCCGUGGCAGUGCGCGCCCUGCUCCGCUGAGAAGCUCGCUCUCUGCCCGCCGGUGCCCGCCUCGUGCUCGGAAGUCACCCGGUCCGCGGGCUGCGGCUGCUGCCCGAUGUGCGCCCUGCCUCUGGGCGCCGCGUGCGGCGUGGCCACUGCACGCUGCGCCCGGGGACUCAGUUGCCGCGCGCUGCCGGGGGAGCAGCAACCCCUGCACGCCCUUACCCGCGGCCAAGGCGCCUGCGUGCAGGACUCUGACGCCUCCGCUUCCAAUGCCGAGGCUGCAGGGAGCCCUGAAAGCCCAGAGAGCACAGAGAUAACUGAGGAGGAGCUCCUGGAUAAUUUCCAUCUGAUGGCCCCUUCUGAAGAGGAUCAUUCCACUCUUUGGGAUGCCAUCGGUACCUAUGAUAGCUCGAAGGCUGUCCAUGUCACCAACGUCAAAAAAUGGAAGGAGCCCUGCCGAAUAGAACUCUACAGAGUCGUAGAGAGUUUAACCAAGGCACAGGAGACAUCAGGAGAGGACAUUUCCAAAUUUUACCUGCCAAACUGCAACAAGAAUGGAUUUUAUCACAGCAGACAGUGUGAGACAUCCCUGGCUGGAGAGGAGAGGCUCUGCUGGUGCGUCUACCCUUGGAAUGGGAAGAGGAUCCCAGGGUCUCCAGAGAUCAGGGGAGACCCCAACUGCCAGACGUAUUUUAAUGUACAAAACUGAAAACAGAUGAAAUAAUGUUCUGUCACGCGAAAUAUUUAAGUAUAUAGCAUAUUUAUACUGUAGAACACACACACUUAUAUAUAUGUAUAUGUAUAUAUAUAUAACUACUUUUUAUACUCCAUAUAUAACUUGAUAUAUAAAGCUGUUAGUUUAUUUAUUCACUGUAAGUUUAUUUUUUCUACACAGUAAAAACUUGUACUAUGUUAAUAACUUGUACUAUGUCAACUUGUAUAUCAUGAAACACUUCUCAUCAUAUCGUAUGUAAGUAAUUGCAUUUCUGUUCUUCCAAAGCUCCUGCGUCUGUUUUUAAAGAUCAUGGAAAAAUACUGCCUAGAAAAUGCAAAAUGAAAUAAGAGGGAGUAGUUUUUCAGGUAGUUUAAAGGAGGACAGUUAACUUGUAUAUUCCAUCAUUCACAUUUGACAUACAUGUGUAGGAAAAGUUAAAGUGUUGAUUAUGUAAUCAAAGCUACCUGUGGUGAUGUUGCCACCGGUUAAAAUGUACACUGGAUAUGUUGUUAAACACGUGUCUAUAAUGGAAACAUUUACAAUAAAUAUUCUGCAUGGAAAUAC